AUAUUUUUUAAUAUUAUAAUUAUAAUUAAUUAAUUAUCAAAAGCUAUGUCCUCAAUCCUUGCCAGAAACACAGUGAAAACUCAUGAAAGUUUAAGACUUUUCAGCUCAAACCUUCAAUCAAACAAGACCCAUCAAUUUAUUUUCUUCCAUAUUUUUGUAUAUUUAUAUAAUUAAUCUUUUCUUUCCCUUUUGUGUUCUAUUCAUUGAUUCAUGGAUCCCAAAACCUCAAAACAAACACAACUUUCAAACAUGGGAGAAAACAAACAACAAUCUGAUUCAAAAAAUCUUCAAAUUGUGUUAUCUGAAACAAACAACAACAGCAAAGAUUCAGAAACAAAGAAACAACUAGCACCAAAAAGAACAUCAAACAAAGACAGACACACAAAAGUUGAAGGACGAGGUAGAAGAAUAAGGAUGCCAGCUUUAUGUGCUGCUAGAAUCUUUCAACUCACAAGAGAAUUAGGUCAUAAAUCAGAUGGUGAAACAAUUCAAUGGCUUCUUCAACAAUCUGAACCAUCAAUUAUAGCUGCAACUGGAACAGGAACAAUUCCUGCUUCAGCUUUAUCUUCAUCUUCAAACACUUUAACAAACCAAGCUUCAUCUUUAUCUUCUGGUUUACAACUUGAUAGAACAAAUUGGGCUCAGGCCCAUCAACAACAAGCCCAACAACAGGCCCAUCAAGCCCAUCAUGUUAGUUCUUCAAGUUUAUGGCCUCAUGGAUUUGGUUUUCAACAAUCAUCAUCUACUAGUGAAAAUAAUAGUUCAAAUUAUUUUCAAAAAAUUGGUUUUUCUGGUUUUGAUAUGCCAACAUCAGCAACUAAUUUGGGUGGAAUGAGUUUUACAUCAAUUUUGGGUGGAAAUCAACAGAUGCCUGGUUUGGAAUUAGGAUUAUCACAAGAUGGACAUAUUGGUGUAUUGAAUCAACAAGCUUUGACUCAGAUUUAUCAGCAAAUUGGUCAAAAUCAAAAUAGGGUUCAGCAGCAGAAUCAGCAGAAUCCUACUAAAGAUGAUUCUCAAAGUUCAGGACAGUAGAGUGAUUUUUUCAUCAAUUUGUGGAAAAUUUGAGGUUUAUAAAAAAAAUAGUUUUUUCCUGCUCAGACUUUACUUACCUCUGGAUUACCGGAACUCCUUUUCUUGGGAACCAGAGGGUUAAUACCAAAAAAAAUGGUUUUCUUAUUUUGUUGUAUAUUUGGUAGAGUUUGAGGAAAUAGAGGAGUUCAAGGGUUCAAAUAUAAGGUGGAAUUGGAUGGUGAGAGAUAUAGGAUUUUAUUGAUUUGGUUUGGCCUUAAAACUUGAUUGUUUUAAUUCAGAGGUGUGUUGAUUAUUUUUUGUUGUUCUAUAUAGAUUAGGAUGGAGUGAAGUGAUGAUCAGUUUGUUUGUGAAAAUUGAUGAUAUAGUUUCAUAAUCUUAUAUUUGUUAAAGUUCUUAA